UUACUUUCCUUUCCAACAAAAUCUGUUCCUCUUCACUUUUGUCAGAUUUAUAAUAACAAACAUGCAUUCAGUUUCAAGCAAUCUUUGUUCUUUCAUUAGUGUAGGGUAAUUUCAAAUGUUCAAACUUUUGAAAAGUUUCAAAAAAUAACCUAAUCUUGACUAUAUAUAAUUUAGAGGGUUACAACUCAAAAAUCUAUGGAUUCCAUCUUCUUGUAAAAUUCAGCUUCAUAAUAUUUGUUUCAAAAUUUCAUAUUUUUUAAACCCCACAUGUUUUCUUGCGUGUGAUUUGGGUCUUCAGGUGGGCCAAUAUAACCCCCAUCGGAUAACGAUCAGCUUUUUGGAUCAGUUUCUAUGCGCCACUCCGUUUCAAAUCGAUGCACUUUUCUUUCAUCCGAUCAAGUCUCCCUUCAUUUGAUUUAGGAUACAGUUCUACAGGAUCUUUUGAUUUGGUGGCUGCAAAUUCUUUAGGAUUGUUUGUAAUGGGAGACUUGUAUAUCCAUGGAGGAAUCCGACAUAGUCAAUCAAUAGAUUACAAUAGUGGUUUGGGUAUUAUUAGCCCAUUUGCGCCGCAAGCAUUGUUUGAUGAUGUUUUUUCCCGUCUUCUGGCACUGACUUCUUACAUAAGUAACCGGUUCAUACAUUUUUUCGAGGAUCUUGUCUACAGAGAUGUUACUAGAUUCUCACAAGAUUUUGUGGUUGUUUCUUCCUAUCAAGAUCCGGGAUCUUCCAACCGGAAGUUUGUUUCUUGUUCUUCAAUUUCCAAGAAUCUUGGUACGACUCUUGAUAUACAUAAAAGAGACACUUCAAGUCUUGAAGAUCAUUCGACUGUUUAUUCGAGAUGUGAAAUGAUAGAAAAGAAGUUCUUUUAUGGCAGUAUCCACUUCAUUCUAAAAGGUUUGGAACUCACUAGAUUAUUUGUAAAAUCCACUUUGGUUCUAGCGUUGGCUCCCUACCAUAUCUCUUCUCAGUGUGCUAAACAUGCACAAAUUCACAUGAAAAGCUUUCUAUCUCGAGUACAGAUUACCUUUCACGGUUCCUCCAAUGAUAUUGGAUGGAUGCAACGGGAUCCUAACAUGGACCCAGUCAAAGACGGUUCUGCCAGAUUUUUAGAACAUCUAAAUGCAAUAAGGAAUGGAGAGCACAAACUACCUGGAUCAUACGUUUAUUUACUAAUUCCGGGAUUAUUUAGCAACCAUGGUCCGUUAUACUUCGUUAGCACCAAAAGGUUCUUUUCAAAAAUGGGCUUAGCUUGCCAUAUAGCAAAAAUACACAGUGAGGCAUCAGUGGAGUACAAUUCAUUGGUACUGAAGCAAUAUAUUGAAGAGCUGUAUUGGGGUUCAGGAAAACGUGUGAUGUUGCUUGGUCACAGCAAGGGUGGGGUGGAUGCUGCUGCUGCUUUAUCACUUUAUUGGUGUGAUUUGAAAGACAAAGUUGCGGGAUUGGCGCUGGUGCAAAGUCCUUAUGGUGGAACUCCAAUUGCCUCAGAUGUGAUGCGUGAAGGCCAGCUUGCUGAUAAAGAAACUCGGAGGAUCAUGAAGCUGAUAGUCUGCAAGAUCAUCAAGGGUGACAUAAGGUCUCUUGAGGAUCUAACAUACGAGAAAAGAAAGCAGUUCCUGAGCCAACAUAAGCUUCCAAAAGGAAUCCCACUGAUCUCGUUUCGUUCAGAAGCAAAUGUGGGACCUGGGGUCAUAUCAAUGAUGUCCCACAUAGCACACGUGGAGCUUCCUAAGAUUUCCUUCCUGGGACUUGGGUCCCACGAGUCUGACUUCGAGGUAGGACCCAUUGUGAAGCAUCAAGUGCCUGUUGUGGUUCCUGUGUCUGCUGCAAUGGCUGUGUCGGCUCUCCAUCUGCAACUCCGGUAUGGUGAGAAGAGUGAUGGGUUAGUCACGUGUCGAGAUGCUGAGGUCCCUGGCUCGGUUGUGGUUCGACCCGACCAAAAACUUGAUCAUGCAUGGAUGGUCUAUUCUUCAUGGAAAAAGAAUCAAAUAGGGGCCGAUGCUUCUGAGAUGUGUGAAGCUUUGCUAACGAUGUUAGUUGAGCUUGGAAAGGAGAAGAACAUCGGGAAUUAGUUUUAUGUUUUCCCGUUUUCUGUUUAAUGUUUUGUUAUAGGUUUACUUAAAUUUAACAUUUGCACUCAGUUCCUGCAAAAUCAAAUAUUGAUUUAAUCAACA